AUGAGUAGUGUGGGGGAUGUUGGCAAGAGUUCGUGCUUGGCUAUGAUUCAAAAUGGAUGCGCCAUGCCUGCUGGGUGUAGUUCUGUGAAUUCCAGAGUAUGUAAGCCAUCAAAUACUGGUGGUUUUGUCUUGUCGUGCAUUCCUCGUUUUCAAACUGGGGCGGCUUCUCCAUGCGUCAGUUCAUGGAGAGCUCAUCAGGACGCUAUGCCACUUCUGCACCAUUGUACUGUAUCAAGCCCAUUUUUAAGCGGGGAUCAAGGUAGCUUGUUACGUACAAUCCCCUUGUUGCCAAGCCGAUGCAGAACUCGUAUGGCCCCACGAGCAUCCAAGGAUGUCCCAUACAGUUUUCGGUUCCCUCCAAUGACUAAGAAGCCAAAGUGGUGGUGGAGAACAUUAGCAUGCCUCCCCUAUUUAAUGCCCCUACAUGAGACAUGGAUGUAUGCUGAGACAGCCUAUCAUCUACACCCUUUCCUGGAAGACUUUGAAUUCCUUACUUACCCGUUCCUGGGGGCCAUUGGGAGGUUGCCCAGCUGGUUCUUGAUGGCAUACUUUUUUGUUGCAUAUCUUGGAAUAGUGAGGAGAAAGGAAUGGCCGCAUUUCUUCAGAUUUCAUGUGGUGAUGGGCAUGUUGUUGGAGAUUGCCUUGCAGGUCAUAGGGACUGUGAGCCGAUGGAUGCCACUUGCUGUCUACUGGGGUAAAGUAGGGAUGCACUUCUGGACAGCCGUUGCAUUUGCUUACCUAUUUACAGUGUUGGAGUCCAUACGCUGUGCUCUUGCUGGCAUGUAUGCAGAUAUCCCCUUCGUUUGUGAUGCUGCAUAUAUUCAAAUUCCGUAUGAAUAA